AUGUCUUACGCACAGCAAUUAGAGGCUAAACUCAAUGAUGCACAGACAAAGGUUAGGACAAAUCCACUUGAAGCACUUAAAUUAGUUCUCGAAGAAAUGCCAGUUCGCGAAAAGAAAGCAAGUCCUGAUGGAAUUAAAACACCACAAGGCCAGAAACUAUACGAAGAUGCAAAGAAUGCAGCCGCAAAGUCAGUUCUCACAAUUGUUUUGUCAAUCGACAAAGCAAAACUUCCUGCCACAAUCAAAGGAUUAACAGAUGAAGAGCGUGAUACACUUAUGAAAUUCAUUUAUCGUGCAUUCACAGAGGAAUACGAUCAUAUGUAUCUACUUACGAUUCAUGAAGAAAUCUGCAAAGUAUCAAAUCUCGGUCCAAUUAUCCGUUCUAUUCAUACUCGUCUCGAAGUAUGA